AUGAACGAACCAACGAUAUUCGAACAACCCAUCCACUCGAAGGAUAAGGAUCCGGAGGUGGGCGAGGAUGCCAUUUAUAUGCCCGAGUAUGGAGCGAAUGGGAGGGGCCCGUCGCGGGUUGGUGAGGAGGGAGAAGAGGAGGAUGAUUUUAGGGAUUAUGUGUUUCCUGAAGGAACAUGGUCCACAGCCUUCCUUAUCUUCAACCGUGUCGUCGGCGCUGGCAUCUUCUCAACGCCAUCCUCCAUCAUCCACAACACCAAUAGCGUCGGCGCCACGCUUCUCUUCUGGGUGUUAGGUGGUGUAAUGACCUUUUGCGGGCUAGCCGUCUACCUAGAAUUCGGCACCGCCAUCCCUCGUUCCGGCGGAGAGAAAGUUUACCUCGAACGCGUCUACCGCAAACCCAAAUACCUAGCAACCUGUAUCUUCGCCGUGCAAUUCAUCCUCUUCGCCAUCUCCACCGUCGGCUCCGUUUCCUUUUCUUCGUACCUCCUACGCUGCGUCCUCGGCUCUCCUGACACCACCACCACCGGAGGCACCGCGCAAGAAGAUGCAACCAAAUACGAAGGCACGUGGCUAAACCGGGGCAUCGCCGUGGCAGCUAUUACCGCCGUCUGCCUCAUCCACGCAUUCUUACCUAGGUUGGGCAUUUGGCUGUCCAAUGGUUUGGGGGUGUUCAAGCUGGUGCUGUUGAUUUUGGUGGUAUGUACGGGGUUUGCGGCGUUAGCGGGGAAUAUGGAGGGAGAAAGCCCGAGAAACUUUUCGAGCUUUGAUGGACCGGGGGAUGCCACGGGGAAUGGUGACGAUCAGACGGACGGGAUGGGGAAUAAUGUCGCGGGCAAUGCGGCGGGGUAUGCGUUGGCGUUGUUGCAGGUUUUGUAUAGUUAUGGGGGGUGGGAGAAUGCCAAUUAUGUGUUGAGCGAAGUGAGGGAUGCGCCGAAGACGUUGAGACUGGCGGCGCCGAUUGCCAUCGGGACGGUCACCGUCCUUUAUGUCCUUGCAAACAUUGCCUAUUUCGCCGCCAUGACCAAAGACGAACUCUCCAAAUCCGGCGUCGUCCCCACCGCCAUCUUCUUCACCCGCGUCUGGGGUCCCUCGGCCUUCACCGAGCGCGUCAUGCCUCUCUUCCUCGCCCUCUCCGCGCUCGGCAACGUCUUUGCGCAAUCCUUCGCCAUGCCCCGCGUGAAGCAGGAGCUCGCAAAGGAAGGGACUCUCCCCUUCUCGCGCUUCUGGGCGAGCGACUGGCCCGAGCAAAAGUCGCCCACGGGCGCCAUUUUGUUGCAUUGGAUCUUCACCGUGGCCUUGAUCCUCGGAUCCAGCACCAAGGACGUGUACCAGUUUCUGUCAAACAUUUUUACCUACUCGGGCAACUGGAUCAAGGUCUUCCUUGGGGUGGGGCUGUUGUAUCUCAACUUUACGCCGAGCGAGAACUGGACUACGCCGGAGAACAAGCGGUUCCAUAGUUAUCCCGUCCUGACGGUGUUUUGGGUUGUCGGGCUGCUGUAUACCUGUGCGGCGCCGUUUAUCCCGAACAAGCUGCUGACCAAGGUUCACUUUUCGGUGGUGCCGGCGCUGGGGACGGGCAUGCUGGUUAUCGGCGUGAUGUAUUGGGUGGUUUGGGCCAAGGUGUUGCCGGCGUUUGGGUUCUCUAUACAGCACGAGGUGGUGGUAUUACCGGAUGGAAGUGAGAGGGUCAAGUAUAAGAGGGUGAGGCCGAGGGGAGGUAGGAGUGGUGCGAGAGGGAGGAGGAAUGGGGGCAGGGGAGGGGGGAGAGGAGGAGGAGGAGGAGGGACGACUGUUGUGUGGAGGUGA